AUGGCCUCACAACCACCUCUCAUAUCAAUAACCGGCACCUCAACAAAACCCAUCUCAAUCCUUCUCAUAAACCCCAACGGCACCCCCUCAAUGACAGAAGCCUGUCUGCGCUCUCUCGAACCAACCCUUCCACCCUACUGCACAGUAACAGGCUUCACCUCACCACACCCAACCCCCUCCGCAAUCGAAGGCAACCUGGACGGUGUUCUCUCCGCCGCAGCAGCCAUCCGAGGCGUCGUCCCAAUGGCCUCAAACUACGAUGCCUUCCUCGUCGCCUGUUUCAGCGCCCACCCACUCAUAAACGCCCUCCGAGAAGAGUUAACCGGUCCCGUAAUAGGCAUCAUGGAAGCCUCCCUCUACACCGCCAGAAUGCUCGGCGGCCGUCUCGGCGUCGUCGCCACGGGGGGACGAAGUAAAAUCAUGCACGAAGACGCCAUUCGCCAAUACGGAUUCGCCAGCUACUCGGUCGGCUGCGAAACCACCAACCUCGGUGUCCUCGAGCUCGAGUCCCUACCCAGAGACCAGGUCCUGGGACUUAUGGGCGAGGCAGCGAAGAGGUUGGUGGAUGAGAAGGGGGCGGAUUGUAUUGCGCUGGGCUGUGCGGGCAUGACGGAGAUGAAGAUUAAAUGUGAGGAAGCGGUGGGAGGGGAGUCGAAGGCGCAGGUUAUUGAUGGGGUGGGCAUUGGGGUGCAGAUUUUGAUUGGGCUGGUGAGGGAGGGGUGUGUUACUGCGAAGGGGGGGAUUUAUAGGAGUUCGAGGGUGGGGAGGGAGGCGAGGGGGCAGGAGUGGUUGUGA